GUGCGUAUCUUUGGCGCGUCAAAGUGUCAUAAAGCAAAACCUGAAACUGAACAAAAAAACCACAGCUUUUUUCUUUGUCCGUUGGCAAAUUGGCUCAGAGGACCCCGUUUUAUUCCGUUUUAUUGUGUCUGCGCACUAAUUUUAUGGUCAGCCAGCCAGCGACUGAUAACAGCGAUAAGAAAUGCUGGCAAAUCAAAUGCCGCUCGUAAACAUUUGGCGCGCCAAGUGUUGAAAUUUAUACGCCAUUCGCCAUUUGCCAUUCGCAAUUCGCUAUUCCCAAUCGCAAUCGUAAUUGAAUUUUAUGCUCUAACUUUGGCCAAGUUAGCCAAGUAAGCAAAACGUUUGCAUUUCGCACCGGAAAGUGAAGCAGGGCAACCGGUCACCAGAUAAAUAAGUGCGGGAAGUGUGAAAAAUCUGAAUUUUAUCACAGCUCUAAACGUGGCCCACUAACUGUUCAAUGAAAAGUAUGGUUGCCAGCGAACCAGCUUAGGCUGAAGUAGCGCGCGACCCCUGUGGCUAGUAGAGAAUUUAAUAAAAGGCAGCCACUCCAACUGCUCCACACUGUGCAUAUCUCUCUCCCACAUCCUGGUUCGUGUGGGUGGGUGCUUCUGCCGGCGAGAAUCACACGCAGUGCGACAAAAGCCGCCCGCAGCGUUUUUUAUAUGCGCGCACAUAAUUCAAAAACACUGCAGAAGUUAAUGCCCAGAAGCGACGACACACAAUGAUAACCAACAAUAAUUUGGAUUAUGAAAAGAGCUGUCUGCCCAUGGCGGCAAGAGCAACAGCAACAGCUGCAGCAACGGUAACAGCAACAGCAAAUACAGCGGCAACAAUUGCCAGCGGCAGCAGCAACAGCAAUGGCAGCGCCAGCAGCAGCAACAAUUCAUCGCCCACCGCUGACAAUCACAACAACACCCACUCUAAUUCUAACUCCAACUCAAAUUCGACCUCAAACUCGAAUUCAAACUCGAAUUCGAAUGGUAGCUCGUACUUUAAUCGCUUUGACAACCGCAUUGCUGCCAAUUUGGCAGCAGUUAUAACCGGCGCACGCUUUCGCUCAUCUUCCUGCAACAGUCGCCAGCAACCGACGCAGCAGCCAGUUCUGCAGCACACGGCCCGCACUUCGUACCACUACUUGAGUGCCACACGUGGCAGAUCCACAUUGAACAGCGCCACGCCUACAUCGCCAGCCAGCCUGGGCAGACGGCGACCAUUGCAUCUGUUCAGCCAGGCAAAUCUGAACUGCAAUGAUAACGAAAAGGUGGCGCAAACCCCGAGUUCAGAUGAGGAUAACUCACCCACAGAGCUCAACAGUUGCAAGCGGCUAACGGACAAACCUCCACUGGUUAAGCGCUUGACCAUGGGUCUGUUGCGCCACAAUGAGGAGUCACGCCCACUGGUGGCCAACGUAAUGCCCCUCAGUGCAGCUGCAUUGAAAAGCGAAGAUGCCGGCCAGCCCAUAUACUCGAAUGGUUACAUCAAUGAGGACUCGUACAUCGAUAGUAAAUUUGGCGACUCCUGUCGUCAAUCUCUGACUGCCAUACCGAUGCUGGACAAUGUGAAUCUCAAUAAUGACAACAGCGAGUUCAAUCUAAAGAAGCGCUAUUUACGUGAAACCAGCAGCGCAAACUCCAGUCCCAAGAUCUUUGCCAAUCGCCUGCGUUUCAAUAAUGCUUCAGCUGCAGCGGCGGCUGCUGCUGCCAGUUUGGCAGCCAAUCAGCGCAGUAGCAGCUUGGCCAACACGCACACAAACCGAGAUGACGAAGACGAGGAGUCAGAUACAGAGCUUAAAGCAGCCAGCUGGUAUCAGGCGGGCAUCUCACGUGACAUUGCAGUCGAGGUGCUACAGAACAAGAGUCCAGGCGCAUUCCUUGUGCGAAAGAGCAGCUCUAAGCCCGACUGCUAUGCGCUGACUCUGCGCGUGCCAUCGCCACCCGGACCCAAGAUAGCCAACUAUAUAAUACUGCGCUCGUCGCGUGGCUAUAAGAUUAAGGGCUUUCGCAAGGAGUUUUCCAGCUUAAAGGCACUGAUAACCCAUCAUUCUGUUAUGCCGGAGUUGCUGCCCGUGCCCCUGGCCAUGCCUAGGCCCACGAACAUGUCCUCUUCGCGACGCAAUCUCGAUGAUUUCGAUACCUAUGACUCGCUGCAAAUGCUGCUUAAGUAUUUGCGUGCCAAGAAUCUGGAAGCGGAACAGUAGACGUGGAGAGAAAGGCAGCCUCAGAGAGAGACACAGAGUAUCUCCAAAUCAUGUCAUCAACGGAGCAUAAAAUAUAAAUUUCGAUACCAAAAAAUGUGAUACUCUAUUAAAAACAAAGCACACACAUACACAUAACGACACAAAGUAUACACUAUAUCUAACUGCAAAUGAAACGCCUAGCUGAUAAAUGGUGAAAAUAAUUCUAGUUUAGUUCGGCAUUUUCUUUUUGGCCAAAGGAAAAAGAAAAAGCAAAAAUGUGAAAAUAUGAAAAUAUGAAAAGCGCUUUAAGUUACACUACAACCAACUUUCCCUAUCAUAAGACUA